AUGAAGACCUGCUCACAUUGCCUGGAGCGGUGGCUUGACAUGAAGCUUGAGGAUGGGGUGUCAGCGCUGCCGAAAGGCAGACAAGAACCAACCACUAUGGCUGUGCCGCUGUAUGGUAAAUUGAACAGGAUACAGCCGGAUCGGGUACCUUCACACCUGCCCGAGCUCACGCAGCUCGAGGACAUUCUGAUCUCGUGCGUCGCAGCCCGUCCAUGUCUUUAUCGAGGUGCGCUAGAUACGUAG